AUGUACCUAAGCUAUAACUUGUGGUGGCAUCCAUUAGCGAAAUUCCCCGGCCCCAAAGUCGCUGCGAUUGCACCUUUCUUCGCAAUGAAGCACUGGAUGGGCGGUGACAAUCUGUGGAAGAUUAAGGAGCUUCAUGAGAAAUAUGGCUCGGUCGUACGAAUUGCUCCCAACCAACUGUCUUUCUGCAGUAGCGCCAGCUGGAAGGAUAUUCAUGGCCACAAACCUGGACGGAAAGCAUUUCUCAAGGGAUCGUGGUAUGAAGCCUUUCCGGAGGAUCCAUAUCAGAUUGUUUCAGUCUCCGAUCCAGGCCACCAUGCGGCUAUGCGCAAGAGUCUGAGCCACGGCUUCUCAUCGAGCGCCUUAACCAGUCAAGAAGAUCGGGUCCACCAUUUCAUAGACCUGCUCCUCCAUCAGAUCGAAAACCGUUUCAUAAAAGCUCCAGGAGACAUGAGUAAAUGGUUCAACUAUGUCACGUUCGAUGUGAUCGGAGAACUCGCUUUCGGAGAGUCCUUUGGUUGUGUCGAGUCUGGGCAACCUCACUACUGGAUUGAAAUCCUUUUCGGCUCGAUAAAGAACACAAAUUUUGUGAGAUCAUUCGAGUAUGCUCCACUCUUAAGAUACAUACUCAGAAUCGCUCUGCACCUGAAACUGCUACCUCGGAAAGUGUAUGACUUGAGGGCCAAGAUGGCCAACUAUGCAAAUGAAAAAUUGAGGAGGCGACUCGACAACCCGCCGCCAAGAAUAGAUUUCUUACAACGGAUGAUAUCCGAGAGAGAAGAAUGGACCGGGCAGGCUUUCGAAGAACUCCAGAUGCAGGCAACCCUUCUGACAGUGGCUGGGAGCGAGACCACAGCAACAGCUCUGUGUGGAAUUUCUUACUACCUCUGUAGGGACUCUCGCGUAUAUCAGAAGCUUACCAACGAGAUUCGCACAGCCUUCAGUUCCAUGGAUCAAAUUACUGGGCGAGCCACGGAUCAAUUACCGUAUCUCAAAGCUGUCAUUGAAGAAGGCCUCAGGUUAUAUCCUCCGAUUGCAGCUGGUCUACCGCGAAUCAGCCCUGGGGAAGUGGUGGAUGGUCACUUCGUGCCUAAAGGAGCCAUUGUAAACGUCAAUCCCUGGGUGGCUGGACAUAUCGAAACAAAUUUCCACGACGCAUUUAGUUUUACUCCAGAAAGAUGGCUAGACCCGGAUUGUAAGGACGAUAAGGCUGCUAGCCAACCCUUCCUGUUGGGGAGUAGAGUCUGUCUGGGCCGUCAUCUAGCCAUGUUGGAACUUCGGCUUAUUCUGUCCAAGAUUCUGUUCAGAUUUGACAUGAAACUCAUGGACGACGACCUUGACUGGGUCAAAGCUAACAAGAACUAUGUCUUCUGGGAAAAGCCAGCGUUGCCUAUUCAGUUCUCCCGCGUGGAAGGAUCCUUAUGA